AUGAAGCCGACACGUACCCAGGUGACCUAUGACAUCGUCGAGAAUUUCGCGUUGAGGCACGACACAGCCUCCGUUCAAGAAGAGGAGAUGGGAAAGAUAAUGUUGCAAAAAAACUCAUAUUUGGUCAGGGGUGAUUAUACUGGAUCCAACAUUAGGAAAUGGAUGUACAAAAAGAAUUUCCAGACCAAGGACAGAAUGAAGAGGGAGAGUGAUGCAGAUGUGACCCUGAUCGGCGGCAGACCCGUCCGACCGGCAAUCGAAAGCAGUCCUAUCCGUGGACGGGAAAAUGUUGGAGGCAACUUGGAAGAAAUGAUUUUAGAUCUGCGGACAAAAACACAAGAACAAAUCCAGCAACUGAAGUCUGAAAAUGAACUCUUGCGGAAUGACAAGGAAAGCCUCAGGGACGAAUACAAGAAAAUAAAGUAUGACUUUGAGAACUUGAGGAAGGCUACUGUGAAGCUGAAUGCUGACUACGAGAACAUGAGAAAAGACCAGGAAAAACUAAUGUCUAGCUUGGAGGAACAUCUCCAGGAAAGAGACAAACUUAAACUUCAACUUAACACCACGGAAGGAAGACUCCAAUAUCUGGAGGCUAUUAGCCUGCAAAUAGAGACCAUUGCAAACUGCUUCUGUGGAUUUGGCUUUUAUUCCGGACCAAGGGUGCCAGCGUCAGCCAAUGAAGGGGCUCUGACCAUUAUUGAUGUCAUUAGCGGAGGGACCUUCGUCAACAUCGACAAAAUAGCACCACGCUUCGCCGAACACGAUGACUUUGAUGACGAUAAAGUCGAGGACAUCGUUGCCAAGGGGUCUUACUAA